GUCCCGGCCGCCCCCGUCUUUAUCUUCAGCAGACGUAUGUGGCCGGGAACUCCGGAGUUGGUGCGCGACAGCGCAAACAAACACAGCCCUCGCCCUCGCAGUGACCCAGAGGGGUGGUGAGCUCUGGGAAGCGGAGCCGCUCCCGACCGGGCCGGCUGUGGCGCUCUGUGCGGGGGCCGCCGGGCUGUGGCACCCUGUGCGCAGGCCUCGCCGCACGGCUGGGGACCUCCCGGGAGCUUUUGUUCAGAGCCUUCUCACUUCGUGCGCGCAGUGCCGUUUUGGCACGAUCGCAAAGCCCUCUUUAAACAAAGCUGCUAGUGAAAAGCACUUAAUAAACGCGGCAGCGAAUGUGCUUAUGUUGUGUUUUGCAGUACGUAAGUAGCCCGGUGACAUAAUAGGUCAAACGCCAGAUGCUGCGCGGCAGAGCUGCCCGUAGGCCCUCUUGGAGCUCGCUGUGUUACGAAGUUGAGCGCAGGCGGUGCCACUGGGCCCUGGGUGAGCAGCAGCACGGAGCAGGCACUGCCCUGUGUGCAGAGGUCAGGCAGCGGCCCGUCCCUGGGUAGUGCCUCUGCUUCCAGCACGGGCUGAGCCUGUUCAGUUGGAGUCAUUUUGCUGCUUAGGAAUGUGGACCUACGGGCUGAGACGCUCGGUUUUGUCUGUGCGUAAGGCCUUGUCCAGCACGUGUCUAUGCUGUGAGUAGGAUUGCGAGCUUCUGAGUAGGGAUGCACAGCAUAAAUUUGUAUGAACAGUUACCGUUUCACUGAUUAGUCCAUGUUUAGGUGAGCAGAAGUGAGACGGGUUCUUCACAUAGGACUGCGCCCACAGCAGUGCCUGUUCCUGAGCAGUGGCACCUGUAUGGUUUAGCUUUGAGUGAGUCCACAUGGGUGAGCCAGGCAAGGGUCUGACCAAUCCUGUGAAUAUACACGUGGGCAAGAAGGGGAGCAUUAGUGUCUUCGUGGGCUGUUAAAAAUUCACACAUCCAAGGCUAAAGUGAAAGUGCAGCUGGAAAAGGUUUGGCUAUGGCAGAGCAGGAAACAGUAGAGAAAGUCUUGGCUGUGGGCAUGUUCAGCUGACCUUAGGUUUGCGUGCUUGAGAAAUGUAACUUCUGUGCAGAGGCUUUUAAUAAACUACAGAUUCUUUAUUGUAUUCACCACAGCUAAAACAAAAAGUCAGAAUUACUGUGAUAAAGCUCACCAGCUUGACUUUAGUAGUUAGAUUCAGCUUGUGAUUCUUCGGGCUGUUGUCAGCAUUUCCACUAUAACACUUAACAAGUACAGUCUUUUGUUAGAGGUGAUAGCUGUGGGGUUUUGCUUCUUUUACUGAACAGCUCAACCAAGUACAGAUUAUGCUGAGUAACGUUUUCAGUGAACCUUCAGUUCAAGCUUUCCAAAGUUUAACCAAGAACAAGGGCUGCAUAAUUUCUUUUGCCUUGCUGUUCAUAAUAACCUCUGCUGGAAAAGGAAGGCAGACCUGCCUUCAGCCAGUGUGCUGCCUCUUUUCCUGAAGUUUAGUUUCUCCCUACAACUUCUUGUUACAAAUGUUCUGGCCCAUUUUGCUGCUUGAAGGGAAGGAACUUUCUUGUCCCUAAGCAGAGCAUCCAAGAGGAAUGCAAGCGUUGGCUGCAUAGCAAGGCCAAUCUCUAGCUGUCUCUUUAUUUGUCCUCUUCGUUUCUUUGGGGAGAGGGAAGUGGGAGUGGGAAGCAUUCCCUGUUAAAGUGUAUUGCCUUCUUGUAGAACUGCUUUUAGCGCUCCCAAACUAAACUAAAUACCAGCAUGAAUUUGAUCAGGGCGCUACUGGCGGUAGAGCUCUGGACGGAGAUGUUGAUCCUGAGCAGAGCCUUGCAGAUAUCAUAAUGUUGCUGCUUGUUAAGGCGUUAAGUACAGGAGGCAGCAUUCAGGGUAAACACGUGCUUGGAAGAACAGUAGUGCAUCGCUUUGGUGACUUUCAUUAUGCGAUUCCACAGCUAUAAUGCCUAGAAUUUUCCACUAAUUAAAAUACGAAAUUCAUGGAGGUUGAUAUGUGGGCCUUGAGCUCUCUGGAGAAUGUUUCUCUGUUUCCCUGUAGUUAGUGAAAUUUUUUCAAACCUUCCUUCUGAUGAUGACUGUAAUUAUAAAAAUUUGAGAAGGAGGAAUACUGAUGUGCAAAAUAUUGGAAUAGCACUGACUAACACGAAUUUUAGCUUGGUAGGAUAUUGGACCAUGGCAUUUAUCUCUUGUUGUAACAGGCCUUCCUGUUGACUUGGGAAUUUUAUAUCCAAUAAAUACGUUAUUGUGCAUUUCUCUUUAUAACUCCGGCAUGGCUUUUGCUGGGACAAAUAUGAAGACAUUUCUGCAUAUCUCAAAGGCCCUGGCAGUUGCUUGCAUUCAAAACAAGACUGUAUAUGGCAUGAAGUGGUUUCUUUAGGGGAAAAAUAUUGUUUGAGAAAUUGGUCUUGUUCUCUUGAGGGCAGCGCUUUUCAGAACAGAGUCUGAUGAUUGAUUAGCUGGAAAUCAAAUGAAUUUUGUUUCCUUGUUAAAACAUCAGCUUGGAUUAGAGAACUGAAUUCCUGUGUUGCUUGAUUUUUGUUUAACCCUUGUCAGGAUGGCGGUUUAUAUCUUACGGGUACAGUUAACACGUUGCUUUCAGGAGCAUUUUGAGGACCAGUCAGGGAGAGAUUGGCAUUCGAGAGCAGAGGCUGUGUUGCAAGAAGUCUUCCAAGUGGCAUAGUGCGAAAGCUGGGAUGUCUUCCUUUGGACUGUGGGCUGGAGGUGUGGAUGCUCACCUCCGCUUUGCUGCAAGUCAGGUUUUUCAUUGUCUUAACUAUAGCUGUCAUCCCACAGUGUUUAUGUCAAUUUCUGUCCCACUCGACAGAAGACCACAGCAGGCUUUUUGCUGUGUUUUGUAGGGUUAGUAGUGAUCAGUACUGAUGUACGGUCGGUAAAUUUCCCACUGCUUCUGGCUUCAGCAGAUGUGAUGAGAAUAAAAUAAAAGUGCAGCAGUAGGAGUGCAUGCCUGAAACAGCUCCAAGGUAGGAAUUGGUAGCAUGAUAUAGAUCAGUCUUAAUUCUCCAUAUCUACAGGAUGGGUUUGGCUUUGCUGCUGACUGAGAAUCCUUAGAAGUCAGAGGAUGACUAUUCCCAGAAGUUAUAAUUGAAACAAUGUCGUAUGUUACUGAGUUUGCGCUGUUAUUGAUGUUAUUUUGACCUAUGGAGGGGAAAAAAAAAGAGAGAACACACUAUUAGUAUAUAGGCUUUAAAAUGCUUAGUUCUAGAUAAGUACCAUUCCAGGUUUCUGCUUGAGAUUAUAAUGACAUUGUGUAUAUGGUGCAUUGUUUAUUUGGUUUUAAGACCAGGCAGGUUAAAUUGCCAUACAAGUUCACUGAUCCGGACCCAAAUUUAAGUCACAUGUCAGUUUGCUCGUGAUGACACGAGGAAGAAUAAAACAUUUCUCAGGUUCAUUCACCUUGUUUGAAAGAAUAGCUUGAAUCAUGUAAGCAAAGAGCCUGCCAGCCCUUUAUUUAAUUUUCUGAAGAAGUUGCCCUGUGAAGUCAGAACAUGCUGUCCUAAAGGAACGACUUGGCUUCAUAAAUGAUUGUACCUUAAAUUCUUGAAUGUCAUUUUUUAGUGAUACGUCUGUGAUAUGCUGGACAAAUACAUUUUGCUAAGCUGUAAAUCAUAUUAUUGGCAAAACUGCUGUGUUUAACAUAUUACAGUGGUUUCACGGUCUUUGAAGGGAAAAUGUCCUAACUUUAAUGGCGUAGAAAUUUCUAUUGUCUGCUAAGUUUAUAAUCGGUCAAGUUGUGCAAUGUCAUUCAGCUGCUCAGGGCCAGUCAGGUCUGUAGUCUAUAUCUUUGAGAAUCACAGAAUGGCCUUGGCUGGAAGGGACCUCAAGGAUCAUGAAGCUCCAACCUCCACAUGUAAUACUAGACCAGGCUGCGCAGGGCCCCAUCCGACCUGGCCUUGAACACCUCCAGGAACACGGCCUCCACAACCUCUCCGGGCAAAAGAGGCCUUAUGGGCAGUAUUUAAAGUAACGUUAGUUUGAAAGGAAAAGAAGAAAACAGAACCUAGACAACCUCUUAUCAAAAAGAAUUUCCAAAUUUAAUCUAAUUGAUGUGAUUGUAAGCAUGCACUGAAUGAGAACACUUUCAGCUGGAGGAAGAGCGAAGAGGCACUUAUAACUGGAAUCAGGACAGAAGCCACCUGACUCUAUUACCGUCAGCAGAGCAAAACACAUAAUUAGCUUGGCUUCUCCAGCUUCUUUCUGUCAUUGUUGGGAGAGGAAGCACUCUGCCAGGUUAGUGCUAGAUGGGCCCUGCAGGUGAUUCUGUUGGGCUCCUUUGUUUCACCCAUUUGCCUUUCACUAUCGCAUAGCUGUACUGUAUGUACUAUCUGUAUUAUUUUCAACUGAGCACUAAAUAUAUUUUUUAUUUGAUCUGGCCAAGACUUGCAAUUAUGAGCAGCCGUCUGCUUCAUGAACAGAUCUCACACAGUCACAGAAUGUCAGGACUUCAAAUGAUCAUCUAGUUCAGUCUCAAGUUCUUAACGUUUAUAUUAUUGAUAUGUUAGCUACUGCACAUGUUUGUCUUUUAUCAUAGUUUCUUCAGCUGCAUAUUUGUUUACCAUGAAACUCAAUCCCUAAGGUAUUUUUCUGUUCAUGACUACAAUCUAUACUGCAUGUAUAGUAUGUUUUUGCUUUUCUAGACAUGUCUGCAUUUUCCAGUGUCACUGCUCCAUUUAUAUUGUCCCAGACAGUUAAUAGUGAUGCUGAAUGCUGGCACAGCUGAGAUAGCCAGUGAGGCAUUAAUGAGAGUGUGAUUUGUUAACAACAUUGGAAUUUUUUUGCUGUUUCACAGUUCAUACAAUAGUGCUUGUAUUCAGCUGAGAAUUACUAGCUAUAACAUUUUACAGCACCAGUUAUUACUGAGGUGUCUGCCUGUUGGUAAGAUUCAGCCUAUUUAGUCAAUGUGGUUGUAAAAACAAACUUGGGCACCAAUGUAUUUAAUAUCAUAGAAGAUGGUUGUAGGUCCGAGUUCCCAUGUUCAUCCUGCCAGCAGAAAUAAAGCUCCCAGUGGUUUAUACUGCAGGCUGUGUGGUAGUGCACUCUGAAAAGCUGUGUUGUUCUGGGUCUUGAGUGUUUUCUGCACUUGAGGUUUUUACCAUUGCUGUUCCAUUACAAAGGCCUUACUCCGAAUUUUGGUCCUGGCUUGUUUCUCUGCUUUACAUUUGGAUAUGCUGUAACUUUUGUUGCAUGUUAACCCAUUGAUGAGAGAAAGUCUCUUUAGCAAGGCAAAUAUAUCUAGAACUGUUCCAUGAGUUGUUUUUUUUCCCUCUGUUCUGACAGCCUGAAUUUUUGGGUUAUAAGAGAACUGCUGAUAAAUUCCUCAUCAGUGUUGUGAGGAUCAACUUCCUGGAAGCAGUCAGGGGGGAAAAAAAAAGAGGAUUAUUUAAUUUGUCCUUACUUUUGAUCCAGAAACAAAGGAGUUAGAAAGCAAUACUUAAAGCCAAAAAUGAAUUAAACAAUCUAAAGGUUAAACCGUCUUGGAGAGGGGGGGGAAAUGUUGCACAGAAACAUUUGGUUUCGUAGCUUGAGUUGUCAUAGGAUGAUCUGACUUUCCACUUAAGCAUCUUGUGACUUACCAGGUACUUCCCCAGAUACCUCUGGUUGGGGGUGGAAAUUUGUUUGAUGCAAGAGAGCUGAACUUUCUCACUGUUACUGUGAGCAACUUUCGGCAAAGCAAUGAAAGUGAACUAGCUGCAUUUCUGCAUGCGGUGGCAGUGAGUGUGAGCUUUGUUUUUAGGCUCAUAGUUGUGUAUUUUCACCCUCCUGAUGCGUGUCUGUAAUGUUUCCUCCAUGAAGGGAAAGUCCCCAGGACUUUGUGUAGCAGUUCAGGCUAGAAUUUUUAAGUCAGUUGCAGUCAGCAGAUAAGAAAGUGAUUCUCUAACAGGCAGUGUGAGCAAACUCUGGUGUGAAGUGGGAGACUAAUCAAGUUGCUUGAGUUGAAAAUUAAGGAAAAAAAAAAACCCCUCUGUUAGAAGUUCCUGUAACUUAGUUUUACUACUCCAGUUUUGUAUCACAGGUCCCUCUGAAAGCACAUUUGGUGAGAAUAGGUUUCUCAUGAGAAAUAUUUUCUUCCAUCUCCUCUGCACUGUCAUACUUGUAAUAAGUUUGUUCUUUGUGCAUCUUUCUAAUGAUCCUACUCGUCAAGGAACUCUUCCUUUCAGAAGAACUUCUGAGUAACUGCGGAAAUGGUGCUCUUGCAGAACAUUCUGAAAAUGUGCAUAUUUCAGGAGUGUCAACGGCUUGUGGAGAUAUUCCAGAACAAAUUCGAUCACCGAGUGGGACGAUCACAAGUCCAGGGUGGCCCUCUGAGUAUCCUGCCCGAAUCAACUGUAGUUGGUAUAUCCAUGCAAACCCAGGGGAGAUCAUUACCAUAAGCUUUCAAGAUUUUGAUGUUCAGGGAUCACGCCGAUGCAGCUCAGAUUGGUUAACAAUUGGAAGCUACAAGAAUAUUGAAGGCUAUAGAGCAUGCGGCUCCUCCAUUCCUUCACCAUACAUCUCUUCACAGGAUCAUGUUUGGAUCAGAUUUCAUUCAGACGACAGCAUCUCCAGAAAAGGCUUCAGAUUAGCCUAUUUUGCUGGAAAAUCUGAUGAGCCAAAUUGUGAUUGUGACCAGUUUCAUUGUGCUAAUGGGAAGUGUAUUCCAGAAUCUUGGAAGUGUAAUAAUAUGGAUGAAUGCGGAGACAACUCUGAUGAAGAAAUCUGUGCCAAAGCUAAUCCUCCAACAAUUUCUUCCUUUCAACCUUGUGCUAGCAAUCAGUUCCAGUGUCUUUCUCGCUUCACCAAGCUUUACACUUGCCUUCCAGAAUCUUUAAAAUGUGAUGGUAACAUCGAUUGUCUUGACCUUGGAGAUGAAAUAGACUGUGAAGUGCCAACGUGUGGGCAGUGGUUGAAAUACUUUUAUGGUACUUUUAGUUCUCCCAAUUAUCCUGACUUCUAUCCACCUGGAAGCAACUGCACCUGGCUGAUAGACACUGGUGAUCAUCGUAAAGUAAUUUUGCGAUUCACUGAUUUUAAACUUGAUGGUACGGGUUUUGGAGACUAUGUCAAAAUAUAUGAUGGGUUAGAGGAGAAUCCACGGAGGCUGUUGCGUGUGCUAACAGCAUUUGACUCUCAUGCUCCCCUCACAGUUGUUUCAUCUUCAGGACAAAUAAGAGUGCAUUUUUGUGCUGACAAAGUGAAUGCUGCACGAGGUUUCAAUGCCACCUAUCAAGUAGAUGGCUUCUGUUUGCCCUGGGAAAUUCCAUGUGGUGGAAACUGGGGUUGCUACACAGAGCAGCAACGCUGCGAUGGCUACUGGCACUGUCCAAAUGGAAGGGAUGAAACCAACUGCACCAUGUGCCAAAGAGACGAGUUUCCAUGUUCUCGAAAUGGUGUUUGCUACCCUCGUUCAGAUCGCUGCAACUACCAGAAUCAUUGCCCUAAUGGUUCAGAUGAAAAAAAUUGUUUCUUCUGUCAGCCAGGAAAUUUUCAUUGUAAAAAUAAUCGCUGUGUUUUUGAGAGCUGGGUUUGUGAUUCUCAAGAUGACUGUGGCGAUGGCAGUGACGAAGAAAAUUGCCCAGUCAUUGUGCCUACUAGAGUAAUAACUGCAGCUGUCAUUGGGAGCCUUAUUUGCGGACUGCUGCUUGUCAUUGCACUGGGAUGUACCUGUAAAUUGUACUCACUCAGGAUGUUUGAGAGAAGAUCAUUUGAAACUCAUUUGUCAAGGGUUGAGGCUGAACUGUUAAGAAGAGAAGCUCCUCCAUCUUAUGGACAGUUAAUUGCCCAGGGUUUAAUUCCACCAGUUGAAGACUUUCCAGUUUGUUCACCAAACCAGGCAUCAGUUCUGGAAAACCUGAGACUGGCAGUGCGAUCUCAACUUGGAUUUACCUCCAUCAGACUUCCUAUUACUGGCAGAUCAAGUAACAUUUGGAAUCGAAUUUUUAAUUUUGCAAGGUCACGUCAUUCAGGAUCACUGGCAUUGGUCUCAGCAGAUGGAGAUGAUGUUGCCAGCCAAAGUACUAGUAGAGACGCUGAAAGAAGUAAUACUCACAGAAGCCUAUUUUCAGUUGAAUCUGACGAUACAGAUACAGAAAAUGAAAGAAGAGACACAGCGGGAGCGGUUGGUGGCGUUGCUGCUACCUUGCCUCAGAAAGUCCCACCUGCAACAGCAAUAGAAGCAACAGUGGGAGCAUGUGGGAGUUCCUCUGCUCAGAGCGGCAGCGGUGGUAACACAGAUAGCGGAAGAGAAGUGACGAGCAUAGAGCCCCCAGGCACAAGUCCUGCACGCCACCAGCUCACUAGCGCGCUAAGUCGUAUGACUCAAGGCUUACGCUGGGUACGCUUUACGUUAGGGAGAUCGAGCUCAGUGAAUCAGAACCAAAGUCCUUUGAGACAGCUUGAUAAUGGGGUAAGUGGAAGAGAAGAGGAUGAUGAUGUUGAAAUGUUAAUUCCAGUCUCUGAUGUAGCAUCAGACUUUGACAUGAAUGACUGUUCAAGACCUCUGCUUGAUCUCAGCUCAGAUCAAGAACCAGGGCUUAGACAGCCUUACAGUGCAACACAUCACGGUGUAAGAUCAUGCAAUCGAGAUGGCCCCUGUGAGAGCUGUGGCAUCGUACACACUGCCCAGAUACCUGACACUUGCUUAGAAGCAACAGUGAAAAAUGAAACUAGUGACGAUGAGGCAUUAUUACUCUGCUAGGUACGGGUUGUUUAGGAAAGAUUGUGUACAAGUUGGAGCAAUAUCUGUCAUUGUUUUGUACUUCACAGUUAAAACUAGUUUUUAGUUUUAAAAAGUCCAGGACAACAUUAUGUUAAAACUAUUUUAGCCUGUGUGGUUGAUUAAACAUUUCUUAUACUGGAUGACUUUAUGGAACUAUUAGAGUGAACGUUUUAAUGGCUCUGAAUACACAAUGUGUGUAUCCAGUAUAACCUGAGAUUACUCUUUAAACUGAAGUUAUCCCGGUUAGUUUCAAAUUUAGUCUAUCCUGGUACUGUAGUUCAGAACAGAAACAUGGCCGCUCAAGACUUAAUGGCUGCCUGUUUAACCCCAUAUUAACAGGUGAAUUUGUACAGAAUUGUUUUCCUUUAGGAAUUGACUCUGUUGUAUUAUUGCCAACAUACUUGUAACUUAAUAUACUAAAUGCUGAUAAGGAUUGUUAAUGCAAAAUAUGUACUUUACUUUGAGUUUAUACAACAUUUUGUCUAUUCUUGAAUUUCAUUAUAAUGUGAACUUAUUUAAAGGGAGGAGAAGAUUUCUCCAGGAGCAUUCUUUUUCUUUCAAAAGAACAAAAUGCAAUGAUUUGUGAAUUUUAGAUAGAUAUAAUAGAUAAACUGAUGGCAAAAGCUUUUGUAGCACUGACUUUCCCAAACAGCAAUCUAAUAUGAUACAGCCAAAUAGCAUAUAAAGCCCCCAGUCAUUAGUCUUUCCAAUUUGAAGUAAAAAAGGGCCGAAGAUACUACUGUGUGUUAGUUUUUUUAAAUAUCCAGUAUGUACAAAUACACUACAGAGUAAGUUCCAACUGGUAAUAGAUCUUUCCCUAAUACUGUAGGGUAUAAAGCUUGUUUGGACUCAAGGGAUUUGCACUAAAAUCAUAUUAAGGUCUCUAAAUGAGCUUAGUGCACAAGCACUAUCACUUUAAGUACUAUUAUUGUCUAAUAUUGCAAUGGCUAUAUAUUUCCAUGGCUCUUUUCUUGGGGUGUUGCAUUUUUAUUGCAAUUGAAUUUGCUUUACUAAUUCCCUAUUUAUUCACUGUAUUUAAAAACUGGUUUACUUGGUUGCAGACUGGUUGUUUAAAAAACAAAACAAAAAAAUCCCUUUCCAUGUAUUUUUUUAAUGCUAAUUCACGUUGGAGCAAAACAGAUCAGUGGAAAAAAGCUCACAACUUCCAAUUUUGUGAUAAACAGGUUACUGUGUGGUUACUGGCUUGACAACAAGAAUCUACACCUUUUAAAAAACAAAAAUGUCAACUACUGUUUUAUUUAUUCUUUGCCAGUCUGUUUUUAGUAGGCUUAAAGAUCCAGUAUGAAAUGUAUUUGUGUGUGAUUGUAUGCUAUUUAUUAAAUUUUAAAUACUUUGUUGAAUGUCAUUUUAAAGCAUGUUUAAAGUCUUGUGCAUUUCUGUCGUGUUAUGCUGUCGGGCAGAACUGACUAAAAUGUUUUAAUAUGUAUCAAAAUUAAAUUGAAUUUUUGUUAUGUUUUUGAGGUACUUUUAAAGAUAAAUCCAUGUCUGGCUUUUUAUUUUACUUUUUGAAACUCCUCAUCUCUGAAGUACAAAUCACAUGCAGAAAAGAAACCAAUUGAAUGGAUUCAAAAGUGUAUAUAUCUGUCGUCUCCCUCUUCUCUUCAUUUACAGACACAGGGAUGAGAACAAUAAACAGUUUUACCAUCUGGUGGAUUUAAUUCACAAGAGUAGUAGUAAAUUCUGAGUUCAGGACACGGUUAUGUAGAUUUGUGCUUUUGAGGACCUUAUGUGCAAUACAGUUGUAAAAGAUUUUAUUCUAAUAACCCACGCGGUUUCAAGUUUCAGAACAGAUCACAUCACGCUGGUACCAGUUCAGGUACAGAUUGGCCCAUAGUUACACAUACCUGAGUAAAAGUCAUCGAUGGCCAUUUUUAUUCACAUUGAAUAAUAUCUAAAUCUGUGGGUAAUCUUUAGUCUGAUUUCAGUGGUGUUGCUUAUAGAGCAGGCAGUUUUGCAAUCUGAAUACGAUAACACACUCUGAAAUAUACGUGAACAGUGUGUCCUGGUAUAAAAUACUGGGUUUUUAAAGCUUCCUAAUUAUCAUUAGAAAGUGAUUAUGGAAAUGUUUGUCACUGAGGCAGAUACGUUUUGAAGAAAAAGUCUUCAUAGAAUACCUUAGUUAUAUACACACACAAAGUGAUCUAAAGUGGUUCCAUGAAAUGCCCCAACUAGCAUAUACCUAUGGUCUCCAUAAUGCAGAUGUAAAGUAGAAUACAAUGUUCAAUUUGUUUUAAAGGAUAAAUGCUACACAUUAAACUGAAAAGUUGGAUUUGAUUGAGAAUUUGGAAAUUUGUAAAUAAAAUUCAUAUUUGUAUGAGGCUAA